CCUCAUGUUCCCCUGGGGGCUGAGCUCCCUGUCGGUGCUGGGGGCGGCAGGCACAGCUCUCCUGUGUGCCGGCCUCUUGCUCAGUCUGGCCCAGCACCUCUGGACCCUCCGCUGGACGCUGAGCCGCGACCGUGCCUCCUCCCUGCCGCUGCCCAAGGACUCCAUGGGCUGGCCUUUCUUUGGCGAAACGCUGCAUUGGUUAGUCCAGGGCUCGCGUUUCCACAGCUCCCGCCGGGAGCGCUAUGGGACGGUGUUCAAGACGCACCUGCUGGGCAGGCCGGUAAUCCGCGUGAGCGGGGCGGAGAAUGUGCGCACCAUCCUACUGGGUGAACACCGCCUGGUGCGCAGCCAGUGGCCGCAGAGCGCUCACAUCCUGCUGGGUUCGCACACCCUCCUCGGCGCAGUCGGGGAACCGCAUCGGAGGCGUCGCAAGGUCCUGGCUCGCGUGUUCAGCCGCGCGGCGCUGGAGCGCUACGUGCCCGGCCUGCAGGGGGCGCUGCGGCGCGAGGUACGCUCCUGGUGCGCCGCCUGCGGCCCGGUCGCGGUCUACGAGGCCAGCAAGGCGCUCACCUUCCGCAUGGCCGCGCGUAUCCUCCUGGGGCUGCGGCUGGACGAGAUGCAGUGCGCCGCGCUGGCCCGGACCUUCGAACAGCUCGUGGAGAACCUCUUCUCCCUGCCCCUGGACGUGCCCUUCAGCGGCCUGCGCAAGGGCAUCCGGGCGAGGGACCAGCUCCAUCGUCAUCUGGAGGAAGCCAUUACUGAAAAGCUCCAGGAGGACAAGGCUGUGGAGCCAGGCGAUGCCCUUGACCUGAUCAUUCACAGUGCUAGAGAGCUGGGCCAGGAGCCCUCAGUGCAGGAGCUGAAGGAGACGGCUGUAGAGCUCCUCUUCGCCGCUUUCUUCACCACGGCCAGCGCCAGUACGUCCCUCGUCCUGCUGCUGCUACAGCAUCCGGCGGCCAUCGCCAAGAUCCACCAGGAGCUGGUGGCGCAGGGACUGGGGCGAGCAUGUGGCUGCCUGCCAGGGGCCAGCGGCGGCGGCGUGGGGCCUCCGCCCGACUGCGGGUGCGAGCCUGACCUCAACCUCGCGACGCUGGGCCGUCUCCGCUACGUCGACUGCGUGGUCAAAGAGGUGCUGCGCCUCCUGCCGCCGGUGUCUGGGGGCUACCGCAUCGCCCUGCGCACCUUCGAGCUCGACGGCUACCAGAUCCCAAAAGGCUGGAGCGUGAUGUAUAGCAUCCGGGACACACACGAGACGGCCGCAGUGUAUAGCAGUCCACCUGAGGGUUUCUACCCGGAGCGCUUUGGCGUUGCGCGUGAGGAUGCGCGAGGCAGCCUCGGCCGCUUCCAUUACAUCCCGUUCGGCGGCGGUGCGCGCAGCUGUGUCGGCCAGGAGCUGGCGCAGGCGGUGCUGCAGCUGCUGGCUGUGGAGCUGGUGCGCACCGCGCGCUGGGAGCUGGCCACGCCCGCCUUUCCCGCUAUGCAGACCGUGCCCAUCGUGCACCCGGUGGACGGGCUGCGGCUAUUUUUCCAUCCGCUCGCGUCUUCGACUGCGGACGAUGAGCUGCACCUCUGAGCUGCCGAGCCGUGGGACUUGUCUGAGCCAGCGGCUGUCGCGCAG